AAUAAAGCCCAAUAUAAAGGCUUUUAACUUAAAGCCCAUUAAUCAUAACUGGGUCGACCCGAUCUGACCCGCAGUCUACAAGGUGGACUCGAGACUUUCCCGGAGAUCUCAGUUUCAGGGUGGAUUCGACUUUCACCUCACCGGGAAUUGAUCGGAGAAGAUCUGUGGAUCAUGGCGACGGAGAAACAGGACAAGGAGGUGAAGACCGAUGAUGGAUCUCCUAAAAUCAAACCGAGACCGAUUGUUCAGCUUGGAAUUUUCCUAAUCUCUCACAGUCCCGUCUUCAGCGUUGUUUUCUCUGCUGCUGGAGUUAUAGCGCUGCUGAUUUUACCUCUACUUGCUAAGAACACUUACAUCUCCGAGAAUGCUCUAAUGCCAGGCUCUGCACGGUCUAUGCUCUCUCAUCGAGAUGUUUCUGAUGGAAGCAAAUUAGUGAAGGACAUUAAGAACUUAAGAUUGAAUCAUGAAGGCCAGGGUGUUGAAGUCCAGAGGCUCAUUGGGAAAUACAUGUUAGAUAUGGGUGCUGAAGUUUCUUAUCAAAAGUUCCAGCCUGAAGGAAAUCACUUUCACCCACUGCACUUCUUCUCCGGUCCUGCUUCAUUUGCAAAUCUGGGGAAUGUCAGUUGUGAUUCUUAUGGAGUCAAUGUUGCUGGGAUUAUUCGAGCCCCUCGUGGCGAUGGAAAAGAAUCUAUUGUGGUGGUUACUCCCUAUGAUUUCAUAAAUGGUGGAGAUUAUGAUGAGGCUUUGUCUUUAGGCGUUGCUAGUUCUUUAUUUUCCUUGCUCGCUAGAGUAACUUGGCUUUCCAAAGACAUAGUAUGGCUUGUUGCUGAUUCUCGUUAUGGGGAUUAUAGACCUGUUGACGCGUGGUUAACUGAAUACCACACACCUUCGUUUGAAGUCUCUGAUUUGUCCAAGUGUGACGAGCUUAAUACAUUGGAUAGCUUCAGACGGGCUGGAACAGUGGCUGCUGCUUUGGUUGUGAAGGUUGAUGGUAGAAGUGAAAGGUUCGAGGACACACUAAGUAUCUACGCAGAGGCAUCCAAUGGGCAGAUGCCAAAUCUUGACCUCAUCAAUGUUGUGAAUUACUUAGCGGUGCACAGGCAGGGUUUUUAUGUUAAGGUGGAGAAGGUUGUAUCUUUACUUUCCUCUAGUUGGCUAAAGACUGUUGGGGAAAUAUUUGAAGCUGUUGGAAAAGUGGCUCGUACGUUAAAUCCAGACUGGAAAUUCGGUAUCCCAGCCGCAGAUUAUCUUGAAGGCAGUGCUACACUUGCAAGUUCACUCUAUUCCCAGGCCCUUGGUAUCCCAACUGGUCCUCAUGGAGCUUUCCGUGAUUAUCAAGUUGAUGCAAUUACUUUGAAAGUUUCACCUAGAUUUCCUCCUGGCAAUCAGGGAAGGCAACACGAGUUCUUUCAGCGAGGUGCCCAGUUACUUGAAGGAACUAUAAGAUCAGUGAACAACCUCCUUGAGAAGUUCCAUCAAUCAUUUUUCCUUUACCUGUUAACUUCCCCAGGCAAAUUCAUCUCUGUAGGAGUCUACAUGAUCGCCUUUGCUCUUCUUGUAGCCCCUCUUCCAAUGGUCGCAGCUUCUUUAUACAUUGAUGGAUGUACCACUCUUACCAAAGCCACCGAUAAACCUGCCGAAAACCUGAAGUCAUGGAAAUGGCUAGAUGCAGCCAAGCAGGUCUUUGCUUUGCACUUGCUGGGUUUCAUCGUCACACUGCUUCCAUAUUUCAUCUGUCAAGUACCUGGCGAACAAUCUCCAACAAACCGCUCCAUCAUAUGGGCUACCUCAUCUUCUUCUCUUCUCCUUGUAACCUUUGUUACAAUCCCAGGUUGCUCUCCCUUCUCCUCUAGCCUCCAUGGAGCCAACUGGGCUGUCUUGAAAUCAGUGACCAUCUCAGCUGCCUUCAUCGGUCUAUGCCUCAUGUCCAUAAUAAAUUUCGCUACAGCAGAGAUUGGAGCGUUGCUACUAGUGCCAAUGUGUCUAAUGGUUCGUCCAAUAAAACCAGAUUUGAGAUCUAGAUGUGUGAAGAGCUUGUUGCGUGCGUUAUGCAGCUUGGCAUUAGUGACAAUCGGGUUCCCGGUCAUGUUUUUUGCAAUCUCCAAAGGAUUGAUAGGGGAAGGGCUCGUGGGGUUGAGCCUUGGAGGAGAGUUUUGGACAUGGUUAGAGUCGCUAUGGUCAUGGAAGAGUGCUACAUUUCUAUACAUAGGUAUGGUUCAUCUUCCUUGCUGGCUCCUCAACCUCUGUAUUUUGUUUCAUCCUUCUUGAUUACACACUUUGUUUGCAUAUGUUAUCCAACAACCUUAUGUUUGUAACGUUUUUGGUUUCUUGAAAAACUAAGGCAGAUACUAAGCUCUGAAAAUAUAUUAGUUAAAAAAUGCGUAGUUGGUUACAGUAGUGGGUAAUGUAGAAGAACGUAUCUUAACAAACACACAAACAAAGAGAGCAAAACUGAAAAUAUCUACUGUAAAUUGGUUAAAACUAGAUGGUUUUUACUACAAAGCUUCUGGUUGUAAGGAAUCUGAAGUGGAGUGCGUUCUUUGUCCGAAUCCCAACAUCGAGUUACCCAAAUCAAAGUCCAACACAAAGCCUUCUAGUUGUAGCCCACCCAUUAUAAUCGGGCUGACCUGGUUCGACCCGCCGUCAACAAUCCCUAAGCAUCGGACUCCACCACCAACAUCCACCACAAGAUUCCUCCCCUGAAUCCUCCACCUAACCAUCUCACUCUGCAACGACAGAUCAACCGCCGGAAAAUCUUCCUCGCUCGAAGACGUGAAGCAGAGACUGAACGGUGCUACGGGAGCAACUGUUUUAGUUACAGCUUUACUAUAGGCUUCUGAAAACACUGCGUAAAUGGAGCUCUCAAGCAUCGUGUAAGGGACCACCGUGCUUAGCUCCGCAGAUAACGGACCGUCCACGGAGAGCUUUUCCCCGUUGACUCUGAUUGAUUUCACGUUAAUCACGUAAUUACCACUCGAACCGCUUAACAAAGGCGUGUAGACCAGCGAUCUAGACGCGGGGACUCCGAAAACAUCUUCAACCGAACUCGUAGAAACGACACCGUUAGACGGCGACAGGUAAAGCGUCAAACGACGACGUUCGUUAGUUUCCGCGGCGAGUUGCGAGGGAAGAGAGAUCUGGGCCUUUCCUAAGCCCAUUACUCCUUGAGCCCCACUAGCGAGCCCACGUAACAGCGACGGAGGAGCACAAGCGAAGAGGAGAUCAACGGUUCCUGGAGAGGAAACAGAUCCGAAUGACAAGACGUCUCUUGCGAGCUCACCUCCCGCGGAGAUACCAACGGCGCCGUUUCUCACAAGCAAAUCGCAAUCCGCGUUACGCGAGGAUACUCGCUCGUUCCCAACCUUGAGGCAGCCGCUAGAGCUACCGGAGAGAAAACUCCGAGAAGAGGAAACAUGUCCCGAGGAACAGUCGAACCAUAGGAGCGAACCGGAGAGAUCAACAACGAGGUUAACGGGCUCCGAAGAGUCGCCGAGGUGAAUCUGUGCGAUGUAUUGACCGGUAUGUACGUCACGAGUAACAGGGAAUACGACGCCGUUAACGGGAUUAGAUAUCUGUGAAUUUGAAAUGAGUAGAAUAGAGAGGAAGGAGAAAAGGAAGAUAUUCAGACAAGAUGCCAUUAGAAGUGUGAUUUGAGUGGGGAGACAAAGGAUGAAUACGGUUUUAAAGGAUUUAGUUAGGUUGUGGUUUGAAUCUGAGAUGCGGUGGGCCGACGCUGGUUUUUAAGAUUGGGAGAGAGACUGUGAACCGAU